AAACAUUACUUGUCUUGCUUGGUUUCCUUUCCUAAUUAGAAUUCCCAUCCUAAACACAAAAACAAACAAAAAAUCUUCUACUCGGAAACGAAACGCGAUCACUUCUCCGACCACCGUAACACUCGACUAACCACCGUCCACCACUGACGGCGAGAUGGAGAACUGCGGGAAUCCGCAAGAUGUGGUUGUGCCACCUGUUGAAGGUGUUGCUGGAGGCGGCACAGCUUAUGGGUGGAAUGAUGGUGGCACAUAUGGCUUGAAUCUCAAGGGAUCAGUUGACCCGACAGAAAUUUCAACUAGGGAUUUAGUGCAUGUAUGGAGCAUGCCAAGCACCGCAAAUGUCGGACCUCAAGAUAUGCCUCGACAAUUUGAACCUAUAAACCUGCUUGCAGCUAGAAAUGAGAGGGAAAGUGUGCAGAUAGCUAUCCGUCCUAAGGUUUCAUGGAGUGGUUCUGGGGUUGCUGGGACUGUGCAGGUUCAGUGCAGUGACCUAUGCUCCACUUCUGGAGACAGGCUGAUUGUUGGGCAGUCACUGCUGUUGCGACGAGUGGUGCCUGUUUUGGGUGUACCUGAUGCUCUUGUUCCCCUGGACCUUCCAGUUAGUCAAAUAAACCUAUUUCCGGGGGAGACUGCAGCUCUUUGGAUAUCCAUUGAUGUUCCAAGUGCUCAACCUCCAGGACAAUAUGAAGGAGAGAUUGUCAUUACUGCUAUAAAAUCAGAUGCAGAAUCUCCUGUUCAAAGUUCGAACAAGAUUGAGAAGCAUCAAUUGUAUACGGAGCUUAAGGGCUGCCUUGACAUUGUUGAACCCAUCGAUGGAAAACCAUUUAAUGAAGUGGUUGAAAGGGUGAAAUCUGCAACUACAUCUUUAAGAAGGAUUCUUCUGUCUCCAUCAUUUUCUGAAUUCUUUUCAGAUAAUGGGUCAGUAGAUGUCAUGGAGGAGGAUGCCAUUUCAAGUCUCUCUCUACGGGUGAAGUUAAAUCUCACUGUUUGGGAAUUUGUACUUCCUGAAACUCCUUCUCUCCCUGCUGUAAUUGGUAUAUCUGAUACUGUAAUUGAAGACCGCUUUGGCAUUCAAAAUGGGACAGCUGAGUGGUAUGAGGCACUGGAGCAGCAUUUCAAAUGGCUUCUUCAAUAUAGAAUCAGCCCCUAUUUUUGCAAAUGGGCUGAAGGUAUGCGUGUUUUGACAUACACAUGUCCAUGGCCAGCGGAUCAUCCAAAGUCAGAUGAAUAUUUUUCAGACCCACGAUUGGCAGCAUAUGCUGUGCCAUAUAGACAAGUUGUCUCCGGUAAUGAUGCGGCGAAGGAUUACUUGCAGAAACAAGUUGAGAUAUUGAGAACCAAGACUCAUUGGAGAAAAGCUUACUUUUACCUAUGGGAUGAGCCACUUAAUUUGGAACAAUAUGAUAAUGUACGCAGUAUGGCCAGUGAGAUUCAUGCUUAUGCUCCAGAUGCUCGUAUCUUAACGACAUAUUAUUGUGGUCCAAACGAUGCACCUCUUGCACCUACUCCCUUUGAGGCUUUCUUAAAAGUUCCAAGUUUUCUGCGUCCUCAUAAUCAAAUUUAUUGUACAAGUGAAUGGGUUCUGGGAAAUCGAGAGGACCUGGUCAAGGAUGUUGUUGCUGAAAUACAACCAGAGAAUGGUGAGGAAUGGUGGACAUAUGUAUGUAUAAGACCUUCAGAUCCUCAUCCAAAUUGGCAUCUUGGAAUGCGAGGCACUCAACAUCGUGCUGUCAUGUGGCGCGUAUGGAAAGAGGGUGGCACCGGGUUUUUGUACUGGGGCGCCAACUGCUAUGAAAAGGCAACUGUGGCCAGUGCUGAGAUAAAAUUUAGGCACGGCCUACCACCUGGAGAUGGAGUUCUCUACUAUCCUGGUGAAGUAUUCUCAACUUCUCAUCAACCAGUGGCUUCUCUUAGACUAGAGCGCCUACUUCAUGGCUUGCAGGACAUCGAAUACCUGAGACUAUAUGCUUCAAGAUAUGGUAGGGACGAAGGUGUUGCGCUUCUGGAGAGAACAGGAGUGUAUUUUGGUCCUGAGCGUUACACAUUUGAGCACAUGCCGAUUGAUGCAAUGAGGGGGCAAAUAUUUAAUGCCUGCCGUUCAUGAACUCUCAUUGAUAUUGCAUAUGCAUGGUUUUGGUAGUUUGUUUGGCGCCUGCUGAAAAAUUUAGGCUUCAAUGUUUAGCUUUCAAAGAUGCGCCCAUCGACUUCCCAUCGAAUGAGAUCCUUGAGUAAACACUAAGCAGUUAUAUGUGUAUACACUUUGUAGAUACAGCAUGUGACUGAGAUUACAUGACGAGAGGUCCUUUGUUUAUUGCUGAAAUGUGCCUCUCAACUACAUAGGAACAAAUGAUCAAUUGCAGUUCAGACAGUAAACCUAGUUAUUAGACCUAAGUAUACUUUCACUAUUGCAGUUACGUUGCACUCUGAGGGUCGUAUAUUUUGUUUUCAGAAAUUUAUCACCUUAGCGUGCUCGAUACAGAGAAAAGCAGGAAAGUUAUAUGUUUAAUACUGCAAACUAGUUGAAUUAACCGUAAUAAAGUUGGUUUAUUGUUAGUUCA